AUGGACGAGCAUCUGCGGCAGCAGCAACAGCGGCUCCUGGGGCUCCUGCAGGCCUCCUCGCGGCCCCUCGCCAGCCUCUGGCCGCCGUCGGACGCGUCGGCCGCCGCGGGAAAGGACGCGGGCGGCGGCGCGGCGGCGGCGGCGGUGAGCCCGUGGGACGUCGCGCUGUGCGCCACCGGCACGGCGAUGGCGUGCGAGAACGCGCUGGUGCUGGCCGCGCUGGCGUACGCGCCGGGCCCGCGCGCGCCCGCCUUCCUGCUGGUGGGCAGCCUGGCGCUGGCCGACCUGCUGGCCGGGCUGGGGCUGGUGGCCAACUUCGGCGUGCGGCACCUGCUGCAGGCGCCCAGCGCCACGGCCACGCUGAGCGCGGCCGGGCUGCUGCUGGCCGCCUUCUCGGCCUCGGCCGGCAGCCUGCUGGCCAUCGCGGUGGACCGCUACCUGUCGCUGUGCCACGCGCUCACCUACCGGCCCGAGCGCGCCCUGCCCGGCGCGGCCGCCGCGCUGCUGCUGCUCUGGCUGCUGUGCGCGGCCGCGGGGCUGCUGCCGCUGCUGGGCUGGAACUGCCUGCGCGCGCCGGGCGCCUGCAGCGUGCUGCGCCCCGUCACCAAGGACCACGCGGCCGCGCUGGCCGUGGCCUUCCUGCUGCUCUUCGCCCUCAUGCUGCAGCUGUACGCGCAGAUCUGCAGGAUCGCCGCCCGCCACGCGCAGCAGAUCGCCGUGCAGCAGCAGCAGCUGGCCGCCGCGCAGGCCGCCUCCCCGCGCAAGGGCCUCUCCACGCUCUCGCUCGUCCUGGGCACCUUCGCGCUCUGCUGGAUGCCCUUCGCCGUCUACGCGCUGGUGGCCGACGCCAGCUACCCCGCCGUGUACACCUACGCCCUGGCGCUGCCGGCCGCCUGCAACUCGCUCUUCAACCCGCUCAUCUACGCCUUCCGGAACCCGGACAUCCAGAAGUCGCUCUGGCUGGCCUGCUGCGGGUGCGUCCCGGCGAGGCGCUCGGCCAGGCCCAGGACCUCCAGCGACGUGUGA